AUCUUAGCCCCUUCUUCUAUCCUCACCGUUGGUUGCUGUACAGGGCCCUUGUUCAGACCUAAUCCGACGGCUUCGGAUCUUCAUCUACCUCUUGUCCCUCCAUCCAUCACAAUCCGUUAGUUUCAGGGCUCAUCAGAAUCUCUGUCUCAUUUCCAAUUCCGAUUCGAAUCCGUUCCUGCCCACCAUUUCCAAUCGAACCCUAAUAUUUGUUGGAUUAUCUGCACCUGGUGAUUGUGGCUGUGGGUUGAUAUAUGAACACCCCUAAAAUCCAACUUCUGUGGGAAGUAACAGGUAAUUGAAACUUGGAAGUAGCAUGGACGGCAGUCACGAGACUGAUCCUGGAAUGCAAAUGGGCGGUGCAGAAAAUGAACUCAAUAUACAUUAUGAGCAUUACCAUCAUCAUCAUGAGGUUCAUGGGAUGAGUAAUGGCAGUUUGAUGAACGAUGGUGAAGAGGGCAAUGAUUGCCAUGACAACAAUGGUAAUGGAAGUGACACCAUGCCAGAAGUCGAAGUAGAUCAGGGUAAUCUUUCAGAUUCUCAGGUUAUGAUGGUGGCUGAUCCCAGUAUUGAAAAUGGCGAUCAGCUCACUCUUUCGUUUCAGGGUCAAGUUUAUGUUUUUGAUUCCGUCUCACCAGAGAAGGUUCAAGCUGUGCUAUUAUUAUUAGGGGGGCGGGAGGUACCUUUAGGUGCUUCUGCUCUUCCAAUGACCUCUCCUCAGGGUAGUAAGGGCAUGUCUGCUACCCCGGAACGGUUUAGUGUACCACAGAGAUUGGCUUCUCUGCUCAGAUUUCGUGAAAAACGCAAGGAACGUAAUUUUGAUAAGAAAAUCCGAUAUACCGUCCGCAAAGAAGUGGCUCUUAGGUAUGUCUUCCAUCAGUAAUCUACUAUAUUAUAAAAUAGUGUGGUGUCACCUUAGGGUAGCAAAAUCUAUUUUAUUAUCACAUGACUAGAGAGUGGUUCGUGCUCCUGGGUGAGCUCCAAUCGAACUUGUGUCGGGGGGCUGUUGUAUCAUUAGCACAAGUGACAAGAAUUUGUAUGUUGGAGUUGGCAUUUCUGGGGCAGGAUGUUACACUUUUCAUUGUAACAUUAGUAAGCAAAAUUGAUGAACAUCCUGAAGAAAGUAAGUUGAACUUGAUGAUUAAGUAUGUACGAGGUAUCUUGAAUUCAAUUACAUCCAUUGAGCAUUCUUAUCAUUCCUGGUUACAUAUUGGAAUGAGCUCCUUGACAUUGGUAAGUAACCUGUAAGAACAGGGACAAUUGGUAAGCUGUGGCUUAUGAUGUUACUGAUUUGGUGGCAUGUUAAUUUUUUUUUGUUGACAUGAAUGAAUCAAGCUGUCCCAAUUUCGAUCUGAACAGAUGGUGGUAGUAUUUCAUGAAAUUGUGGUAAACUUGAUCUUAUUGGUUCAACCUCGAACUUGGCAGCAGAAAGAGAAAUGGGGAAAGUAGCUUUUUUGGAAAUUUUCUCUUUUCUCUCAUCCUUUGACCAUGGAGGAUAUUGCAUCUGCUUGUGCUCACUUGUUCCAUUUUAUAGGAUGCAACGACAUAAAGGCCAAUUCACAUCGUCAAAGGGGAAUAAUGAUGAUUCAGUUACUAGUUGGGGUUCAAGUGAGAGUUGUGGAUCAGACAGUAAUGGUUCGAAGCAUCAGGAGGCCGUUUGUCGGCACUGUGGUACAAGUGAGAAGUCUACUCCAAUGAUGAGGCGUGGACCUGAAGGCCCCAGGACUCUUUGUAAUGCUUGUGGGCUUAUGUGGGCAAACAAGGGAACGCUAAGGGACCUCUCGAAGUCCGCACCCCAGGUUGGACAGAGCACUUCUGCUUUGAACAGGAACCCCGAGGUGAGCGAGACACUCCUGAAAAGGGGCAAACUGGGCAGGUCGAGACCAGCCAAGGGGGUACUUGAAAUUCCAGUCAGACAAUGAACUAUGUUUGUGUUGAAGCUGUUUCAGUCUUCUCAGAGCAAAUACCUAUUUGGAUGGAGGCAAGUUAUCAUCUGGAAGUGGCGAUCUAGGCACCUGUUGGAUGGGUUUUGAGGUAUUCUUUUGAAGGUAUGGUUGGUUGUCCUCAGCUUGUCAAAAUGCAUCAAGUUGCUGGGUUCUGCUUGCCUGGGCUUAGAGAUGUGCAGUAGGGACUAGGGAGUUCGAUUGUUGUAACUAUUGUCUAGGUAUGUAGUUGUGGUGUUUUAGAUUUGGAGCUGUGAUGGUUCAUUGGUGAUCAAUAAUUAGUUUGGAGACUUGGAUACCAUUGUUAUUCUGGACCUUAAAUAAGUUCCAUUGUAUAGUGCUAGAUAGCCUUGUGGAACAUAAAGAGUAAUGUAAUGGUUCAUGACAAAUGAAUUAAAGAGUACAAUUAUUGAUUUAACAUACCGC